AUAUACUAUCAAUUGCCAUCGGUGAUUUAGUUGGGUGUAGUUUGAAUACAUAUUCCUAAAUUUUAUGAACAAAUAAUUUAUCUUAACUAACUUAAUUGUAUAAAAUUAUUAACAUUAUGGAUGAUCAGGGACGUAAAGUGAUUGUUUGUGACAAUGGCACCGGUUUUGUGAAAUGCGGCUACGCUGGCAGCAAUUUCCCUGCUUUUAUAUUCCCGUCGAUGGUCGGGAGGCCUAUCAUUCGAGCGGAGAAUAAAAUUGGUGAUAUUGAUAUUAAGGAUUUAUGUGUGGGAGAUUUGAUGGUGGGAGAUGAGGCGUCACAGCUUCGUUCCAUGUUGGAAGUCAGCUAUCCGAUGGAAAAUGGGGUGGUUCGCAAUUGGGAGGAUAUGUGUCACGUUUGGGACUACACGUUCGGUCCCAGCAAGAUGAACGUCGACCCCAAGGAGACGAAGAUAUUACUCACUGAGCCACCCAUGAACCCUACCAAAAACAGGGAGAAGAUGAUUGAGGUCAUGUUCGAGAAGUACGGGUUCGAUGCCGCGUACAUAGCGAUCCAAGCCGUCCUCACUUUGUACGCGCAGGGGCUUAUAUCAGGCGUCGUAGUAGAUUCAGGCGAUGGAGUAACCCACAUAUGUCCGGUGUAUGAAGAGUUCGCUCUGCCCCAUCUCACCAGACGGCUGGAUAUAGCUGGCAGAGACAUUACUAGAUAUCUUAUAAAGUUGCUGUUACUCCGCGGGUAUGCAUUCAACCAUUCCGCUGAUUUUGAAACAGUCCGCAUGAUGAAAGAAAAACUCUGCUAUAUCGGGUACAACAUUGAACAAGAGCAGAAGCUGGCGUGGGAGACCACAGUGCUUGUUGAACCAUACACGCUACCUGACGGGCGCGUGAUAAAAGUGGGAGGUGAGAGGUUCGAGGCUCCGGAGGCGUUGUUCCAGCCCCACCUCAUCAAUGUUGAGGGUCAGGGGAUCGCAGAACUUGUGUUCAACACAAUACAGGCGGCUGAUAUAGACAUGCGGAAUGAGUUGUACAAGCACAUAGUGCUGUCCGGAGGCUCCACUAUGUACCCGGGGCUGCCCUCGCGGCUCGAGAGGGAGAUCAAGCAGUUAUACCUCGAGAGGGUGCUCAAGAAUGACUGCGACAAACUGGCCAAAUUCAAAAUCCGCAUCGAGGACCCGCCGAGGCGUAAGGACAUGGUGUUCAUAGGGGGUGCUGUGCUUGCUGAAGUGUGUAAGAACAGAGACAACUUCUGGCUCUCCAAGAAAGAGUAUCAGGAACAGGGCCUCUCCUGUUUACGGAAGUUGGGACCAAGAGCCAGCUAAAUAUAAGACUAAGACUACUUUCCAAUAAAUAAAUUUUCUAUUAUUAAUUUAAUAUGGAGCAACAUACCAGUAAAUAAUAUUGUAUAUCGACUUAAUGAUUAAAUUUAUUAAUUAAACUA